ACGAUGAUGAUAACUGUCAAAGGCCGUCGCUAGAUUGUGCACCGAGUGUGCGCGCGUGUGUGUUUGUGCGUAUGUGAGUGUGUGCGUGAGUGUUUGGCGAGGUGGUGAGAGAAUACGAAAGCAAAAAAAUAAAUAAGAAUUUAAAAAAGGAGAGAUCAAUUGACAAAGAUUGGUGAAAAGCCGAGCGAAACUGUACAUAAGAAAUCCACUUGCGGUACAAUCUUAACGUCAAAGACGCGAUGGAGAGCAAAGUCUAUAUAACGGAUAAUUCCCUCCAUCAUCAGAACAACAAUCAUCGAAUGUCUGUGAAGUUCGCCUCGUCAGCGGACUCGAUACCCGCGCUUAUAGAGCGAUCCUUCGUCCAGACCGUCGACGAUGUGGGACCGCCGCCUUUGCCGCCGCCGAGAAGCGGCAGAGAGAAAACGGAAAAUCGGGGACGUCGUCACAGCGUUUUGGACGAUCUGAGGGCCCGACGCGACAGCCUUUUUCAACGGGCAAGACGCGGCAGCCUCUUCGAGGACAGGGAGAAGAAACCUGUCCCUGGAGAAGAAGUCGCCGUCGUCGUCAAGGGGGAAAAGCGACGAAGCAGCGACGACAACCGUCGAGGUUCGGUGUUCUACGUAUCCGACGACCUUGUCGAGGAGAGUAACACCCCGCCGAGAGAGAACGACGACGACGAGAUUAACGUCGCGCCCGAAACCGAAGUCGAGAUCACGGAACCGGAAGCGAAGGACCAGAAGGGACGCCGAAGGUCGUGGCAUCCCCUCGCCAAACCGCCAAAGGUCGAACGGAAACGGAGGAAGGGCGUGGCGAGCGUACCGCCGCAGACCGGAAGCAGCCCCGAGGGUAUCUAUGUUCGACAGAAGAGAGCAUCCUGGUGGAACAUAUUCGCCACGGAGACCAACAGCAGGUCGCGACGCAUGUCCCAAGAUGUCACGCACACCAGAUCUACUGAGAAUUUGUCGACCCAGUUCAGGAGCAAAAGUCGAAGCGUCGAUCAUGGAUUUGCCGCCCCUUUCGACCUCGAAGCAUUACGCAGCAAGGUCGAAGGUCGUUUCGAGUCGGUUGAUAAACUCUCCAAAGAUUCCGACUCCGAGGGCAAGGAUGAAACUGGCUCUCAGGAGAAGAAGCACAGCCGUACCCUUCAGCAUAUCGAAACUGUACCCUACACGGUAGGUGAUAGGGAUACGUUGACCUCGAUUGCUGCCAGAUUCGAUACGACGCCUUCGGAGCUGACAAAAUUGAAUCGACUCGGCAGUACGUUUGUUUACCCGGGACAGCAGUUACGUGUGCCUGCCAAGGGAGAGGGACGCAAUAGAACAAGCGUUGGAGCAGUUGCCUCCGACUCCUCUAGCCCUGACCCCAACUUUGACCAUGAAUCCCACGACGAUUUGCCCCCGGAGGAAAAAGAACUUCUGGAUAAUCUGCGUCCAGUGUCACCGAAACCUGGACAUAUGGAAAGAAUAAAAACUCCUGUCGGUAACACCAAUGUUACUGGGGAUGAGGAUGAACAGCCUUUCAAGGAACGUUUUCUUAGGAUCAAUGUGCGCCAUAUAACUGAUGGACAGGGGGUGGUGGGAGGUGUGCUGUUGGUUACUCCCAACGCUGUAAUGUUUGAUCCGAAUGUCUCAGAUCCGCUAGUAAUCGAACACAGCGCGGAAUCUUACGGAGUAAUAGCACCAAUGGAAUUUAUAGUGAAUGCUGCUAUUUACUACGACAUUGCUCACAUGCGAGUCGGUCACACAGAUGCGAAUUCCUGUGACAAAAAGCCAGAGAUCUACUACAUGAAGAAGCCUGAUGACAAUCGUGGUCGACUAUCACCAGGGAAAGAUGAAAAUUUUCCUGAACUUGUUGGUGACGAUAGCGAGAGUGUCUGCAGCUGUGCUGAGAGAGACGGCGAUGCUUUUCCCAAAGCUUUUGAAAGGGAUCUAGUCACACCCACUAAUUUACAGAGUGAUGAUGGGACUAACUCUACCAAAGAAAAGGAUAAGGAUAAGAAAAAUGAAAAAGAAGAAGACAGCAAAGAAGGGCAGACCAUAAUUAACACCACUCAAGGAAGCAGGACCUUGGAAGAACGCCGGCGUUCUAUGCUUGAUCACCAUUGGGCAGUGCCAAGCAAAGAUAGGUCUUGUUCCCUGUCGGUCGAUGAUGAGCAACAAGACUCCUCUGUAGUUAGCAGUUCAGAUAAGAGUGAUCAGCUACCGCCAAAACCGCACGCAAUUCCUGAGGAGGAGGCAUCUCUAGUCAAACAAUCGUGCCACGAUUCUGGCAUCGACAUCCGCGAUCCAAACCCACCGUUACCUCCAAUACCAGUCGUGCAACCGAUUCAAGCAAAGAAAGUUUAUUCUGAUGCUGACAUUGUCCUUUCAUCGGACUGGGUACCCCCGAUAACUAUUGCUCCCACUAAUGUGACCCUCACACCAACUGACAGCCUAAUCGCAGUUAACGGCAGGAAGAAAGCCAGUUCUGUAUCAUUCAGCCUUGACAGUAACGCUGAGGAUGCAGAUAAAGAUGAUGACCGCCGGGACGACGACAAGCAAGAGUCCAGGAAAAAUAAAAUGUUCAAACGACUGUCUUACCCUCUGUCGUGGAUGGAGGGCCUAACUGGUGAGAGAGAGGAAGAAAGUGGAAAAUCCGCCACAGACAAAGUAUCAAGCCUUCCAAACAGCGCAGGGGCUCCCCAUUCAAGUGUACUCAGCAAAGUUUUCUCGAGCUCACCGAUCAAUCUGGUGAGCGACUUUAGCUCUGGUCUCUUCGCCAAAACCCCCAGCGAGGAAAGCGGCUUUGGCAGGGGGGGAGCAACCCCUCCUCUCUCAGCCUCAUCCUAUUCCCACUUCCAAGACAACGGCAAUGCAUCGUCGCAGUUCUCCCCUGCAGGUUCGGGAGGUUCUGCCGGACGAUCGUCCGUGGGCACUUUCAUCAGACAGCAACCCCUCACCUCAUCUGGCAGCAGCAGCAUCGACAGUAGCCGUGGAAGCAAGACUUCAACGGCACCUCCGAGACUCGACUAUCGCAGUAUGGUAUCGGUCGAGGAUAUGCCGGAACUGUUUGUCAGUUUUGACAUCCAAGCACCCAAUUUUCCCGAACUCGAAGGCCUCGAAUUGAUUCCGCGGCCGGCCCGAUCCUGUGACGAUCCCCCGCUCUACCUUCGCCUUCGAACUGGACGUCCUAAAGACAAGAGGAUACCACGAUCAACGCCGAUCAUGAGUUACGGGAAAAAGAAACUCCGACCAGAAUACUGGUUCAGUGUACCGCGUAAUCGGGUCGACGAUCUUUACCGGUUCAUAAGCGCCUGGGUACCAGCCCUCUACGGAGAACUAGAUGAGAAUCUAUGGAGGGAACGGGGUUACAUUCUAUCCGACACCGACACCGAUCUCGCAUCGGAACUUUCGCCGGAGUAUUCGCCCCUUCAAGAUAGAGAUCUCGCCGAUCUCGCUGAGGCCGGCAAAUCCGGACUCUCAUCAGACAUCGACGACAUAUCAGGACGCACCCGUGAAUCAUGGGAGUUGAUCAAGGCCCCCUACGCAAAGCUGUACAGCAUCCUGAAGACGUCGAGCGCAUCGGCCGAUUCGGAGCAGCUGGCUCACGACACCGAGGAGCUGUCCAUGAGCGAGGAGCUCAGACGAGCUUUGUACGCAACCAAUGUUGGAUCCAUUGAUGCCGAUGUGAUUGUACCAGACCUAGUUGGGACCACAGAAAUACUGAGCGAUGAGCACAGAGAACACCUAUGUCGUCAUUUACCGGCUAGGGCUGAGGGAUACCUAUGGACGCUUGUAUUCAGUACCAGCCAGCAUGGUUUCAGUCUAAACAGCAUGUACCGUAAAAUGAAUAGGCUUGAGAGUCCUAUACUGUUGGUGAUCGAGGACACAGGUGGCAACGUAUUUGGAGCACUGACGUCCUGUUCUCUACACGUGAGCGAUCACUUCUAUGGAACUGGUGAAUCUCUGCUGUUCCGGUUCACACCUAAGUUUCAGGCAUUUAAUUGGACUGGCGACAACCUCUACUUUAUCAAGGGGAAUAACGAGAGUCUUGCUAUUGGGGCUGGAGAUGGGAAAUUCGGGCUCUGGCUAGAUGGUGACUUGUACCAGGGUAGGACACAAUCAUGCAGUACCUAUGGUAACGAACCCCUCGCACCGCACGAGGACUUUGUAGUCAAAACUCUGGAGUGUUGGGCUUUCAUAUAAGAUAUGCUCGAGUCGAUCACCCUCUUGCCUUGAAACUGCGAAUGGCGGUCCGAACUUAGCCGAGCUUUGCCGUUGCACACUUAUCUGCACCAUAUUGGACGUAGGACUGGAUAGAUACUGAGGUCCAGGAGAGGAGCUCCAAAAAACGGUGCUAACUGAUGCACCGGCGAUGUGAUGAAAUAACUGAUGUCCUUUUGUAUAGGCAGAGAAUGCAAGAAAUAAUCUUGUUGGUAAAUAAUUGAACGACAAUAAGUUUGAUCCAACGAAACUCCUCGUAAUCGUCGUUGUUGUUCCAUUUCGUCUAAAUUUGACGGUAAGGAUUAGGGUAACGGAAAUGGAUGUACUCUGAGGAUAAAGAAAGAGGCCAAACAAUUUGAUACGGGAGAGAUGAUGCACCAAGCUGCUAUUUACCAAACUUUACGUUGCGUUGCAAAUUAAUUGUUAAUUGUUAUUACUAUUACUCUUUUUCUUUAGUUUUUCGUUCGUUUUCUCUCUUUGUAUAAUCCUAGUGUAUUUAUGUUUCUUUUUUUUUUUAUAUUCUACAUUUUAAGUAAUUACAAUACUGAUCAUUGAUCCUGCGAUGUGUUGUCUACGAUGUGAUAAUAACAACACGAUUAAUUGGGGGAAGGGGAGGGGGGGUUACGUAAUCGAUCGUUGACGGUCAGAUCUAAUGUUUAUUUGCUGAGAAGCCUGAUAACAUUUUUUCGUCUAAUGCCAAACAAAUUUUCUCUCUUUUUAAUUGAAAAUACUUUAUAUUCGAUCCGUUUCUA